AUGUCUACGACAGUAACCCUCUCGAUGGCGCCUGCAAAUGGUUCGGCAGCCUGUUGCCCUAAUUGUGGUGUAGGACUACCUUCGCACUCAUUCAUGGCAGCAGAAGCGCAGAGACAAAUUGAAGAUUUACAAGCACAGGUCCGGCUGUUGAAUGAAAAGGCUACAGCUGCCGUUGAUAGAUGGGCAGACUACGAAGACGAGAUUCAACAACUUCGAAAUCAGAAAGAAGCAGAACGAAACUCAAUCGAAAAAUCGCGAUCCGAUUCUCCUUCUCGAUUCUCUUACCUCCCUGUGCAAAACAGGCUCUCUUCCUUCCUUUCAGCAAGAAAGUCCACCCAGAACCUACAGAUCCCACCACCGUCACCCUCCGCUUUCGAGCUUGAAGCAGAUCUGGCGAAAGAAAAGGCAUUACGCCAAGCAGCUGAUAGAAAGCUAGAUGAAGCGAGUGGAGAGCUGGAGGAACUGAGCGCGCAACUAUUCCAACAGGCCAAUGAGAUGGUGGCAACGGAGAGGAAGGCCAGGGCGAAGCUGGAGGAAAGGGUUGCAGUUCUGGAAAGCCGGGACGGGGACAAAAGAAAAAGACUGGACAGGUUGGAAGGGGCCGUCCAGAGAAUUGAAAGGGUCAGAGGACUAUUGGCACCGGGCAGAUGA